AUGAUUAAAUUAUUCUUAUUUUUAUUUAAUAUUUUAAUAAUUUCAAAUGAACAACAAUAUGUAGAUAAAAUAAUUGAGGAAAAAUGUAACAUAGAACAUGCUCAAAUAUAUAAUCCUUAUUUUAAGAAUCAAAAAUUAUUUAUUAUUGCUGAUGAUUGUAAUUUUAUUGAAUAUAAAACUUUAAAUUAUACAUUAAAAAAUAAUAAUUGUAAUAAUUCAUUAAAAAUUCUUUUAAUGUCAGAAGAAUUUAUAGAGAAUGAUACAAAAUUUAAAUCAAUUUAUAUUCUUUAUAAGAAUGAUUUAUCACAACGUUUUGAAUUAAAAAAGGUAUAUGAAGAAAAAUCAAAUGUAUAUUAUGUUCCAGGACAAUUAUUUUUUGAAUCUAAUAGUAUAUCUACAAUACAAAAAAUAAAUUGUCGUAUUGUUGAUAUAAUAAUAAAUUUUCUUUCAUCAAAUUAUAAUAUAACAAAAAAUGCUUUUUUUAUUCGCAUAACAACUGAUUUAUAUGAAGAUAAAAAAGUAAUCAUAAAUGUUUAUAUAACAUUUAAAAAUAGAAAUAAUUUUUAUAUAAAAAUGUUUACACUUCUUAUUAAUUUUGAUGAAUCAAAUUUAGAUGAAACAAGAAAUGUUGAAAAUUGUACAGAUAAAAAUGCCAAUAAAUAUUAUAAGAUAAUUUCAUUUGACGAUAAUUAUAAAAUUCUUCAUACAUCUCAAGAUUCAAUUCAAGUACUUUAUUAUAAUGACUUUACAAUCAAUGUAAAAAAAAUAUUUAAUUAUUAUAAACUUUAUAAUGAAAUUAAAAUUGAAUUAAUUUAUAAAAAUAUGAUGAAAAGCCAAGUUACCUUAUGUCUUGAUAAAAUAAAUAUUAGUAGACCAAUAUAUAUAUAUUUUUAUGAUGAAGAUCUUUUUGAAAAAGUAGAAAAUGAUAGAAACAUGAAAUAUAUAAAAAAUAGAAAUACAAUUAUUUAUAUAAUUAUUAUCGUUAUAUUAAUAAUAAUAAUUUUUUUGUCAUCUAAAAUUAUUAAAAAAGAAUAUAAAAAGAAAAAUAUUAUAGAUAAAAAAAAGAAAAUUGAAAAGAAAAAAAAUAAAAAGUUAUAUGAAAUUAUUAAUGAAAAACUUAAACAACAAUUAUCUAAUAAUGAUAAUGGUAAUGGACCAAUAGUACCAUAUGUAAAAUUUGAUAAAAGAUAUAAUGAAAAAAAAAUUAUUUCAAAAAAAAGAAUUACUGGAAUGAAAAUAAAAACAUUAUCAAAAAAUAUAGAAUACGUUAGUACAUAA